AUGACUCCUGUUGAGCAGCAGGAAGAGGGACAGAGGACCAGCCAGGAGGAGGAUGGAGAGGUACCAGGUGAAACAGCUCUGGAGCAGGAGAACAAGGCUACAGGGUUGGAAGGAUACAACGUUCAGGAUGUCAAAGACGUGCUGGGAGAUCUGACCAAAGAGAUGCUGGGAACCCUACAGGCUGAAUUCACAGAGAAGCUGAGAGUCCAGGAGGAGAGUUUCAGUACCAGACUAGAACCACUGAAACAUUCUGCCUGCAAAUAGCUACAAUACACCUCAUAUUAUAACAUAUCCACUAUGAGCACAAUACACCACACAGUCUAUAAUAUAUCCACUAUGAACACAAUACACCACACAGUCUAUAAUAUAUCCACUAUGAACACAAUACACCACACAGUC